AUGAUUUUCAUUUUAAAAAAUAGUAAUCAACAAUUCCUAGUAAAUUCAGCUUCAAUUAAACCAUCAAUCGAAUAACCUUUUAAAAAAAUAAAUGGAAAAGGAAAUGCUUUUUAUCAUUUUAAAUUUGAGUUUAAUUUAAAUUUUUUUAGUCUUCUUAAAGAAUAUGAAAUUGAUCCUAAAAGAAACAUCACAUACAUAUCAGGACACGAUUAUCUUGCUGGUGACUAUGCAACAUAUCCAUUAAAUAAUAUUGAGUCUGGUUCCUCAACUCUUUUAUGCAUAUAUGGUUCUUAAUCAGGUUUAAUUUAUAUUGCUAAACUCAACCAAUAUAGAUAUACAGAAAUAUCAACAAAGAAUAUGUUAUCUACAUCUGAUGCCAGUGACAAGAAUUAACUCCAACAAUACCUACAGGUCAAUCUUUUUCAUAAAUUAGCUUAGUAUAAGGAACACUUAGUGUUAUUUGCUGGAAUUAGAAAUAAGUUCUUUUAAUAAACUACGAGUCCGCUUCUUCCUAAAAAUACUACUUCAGUAACAUGA